AUGGCAGUGAAGUUGUCCAAAAUGCAGAAGAAGACCAACUACGACGCCAGGCUGAGCAAGCUUCUUGAUCAUUACACCCAGAUACUCAUCGUUGGUGCUGACAACGUGGGUUCGAACCAGCUACAAAACAUAAGGCAAGGGCUCAGAGGUGAUUCUAUUGUCUUAAUGGGUAAGAACACCAUGAUGAAGAGAACUAUUAGGCUCUAUGCUGAGAGGACUGGCAACACCAAUAUGCUCAACCUUAUUCCUCUUAUUGUGGGAAAUGUGGGAUUGAUUUUUACUAAAGGAGAUCUUAAGGAAGUCAGUGAUGUUGUUGCUAAGUACAAGAUUGCAGCACCAGCGCGUGUCGGUCUUAUUGCACCAAUCGACGUUAUCGUACCUCCUGGAAACACGGGCUUGGAUCCUUCGCAAACUUCCUUUUUCCAGGUGCUCAACAUCCCUACAAAGAUUAACAAAGGAACCGUCGAAAUUCUAACCCCAGUGGAACUCAUUAAGAAGGGUGACAAAGUCGGUUCUUCGGAGGCUGCCCUUCUCAGUAAACUAAAAAUAAAACCCUUCUCGUAUGGCCUUAUUGUCCAAUCGGUUUUCGAGAACGGAUCCGUGUUCAGUCCAGAAGUGCUUAACAUCACAGAAGACGAUCUGGCUGAAAAAUUCGCUGUGGGCCUUUCUGAGAUUGCUGCAUUUUCAUUGGCCAUUCAUUACCCUACUUUAGCUGCAGCACCACAUUUCCUUAUCAAUGGCUACAAGAACUUGCUAUCUCUGGCUGUUGCCACCGAGUACUCUUUCAGACAGGCUGAAAAAGUGAAGGAAUUCUUGAAGGACCCAAGCAAAUUUGAAGCUGCAAUGGCCCCGGCUUCUUCUGUGGCUGCAGAUUCAUCAGCACCAGCAGCGGCUGAAAAGGAGCAGAAGAAGGAAGAACCCGAGGAGUCAUCUGAGGAGGAGACGGGCUUAAUGGGUUUGUUCGAUUGA